UGAUUGUUUGUCGAGUAGUGUAACAAAAUGGGUUGUUUUAUGUUACUCAAAAGUAUUAUAUUGUAAUAAAAGACUAGCCUGUGGCCUGCUUUCCCGAGGAUUUUUGUGUUUUAUAUUACAAACAAUGGCUUUUAGUGUGUUUAGACGCACUCCUGUUCUCUGUAAAACUGCGAUGGGUAAAUGGGCUUUUAACAAAUCUGGCUUUAAUAGAUAUGGUCUUUACCGCGAUGACUGCUUAUACGAAGGCGACCCGGACGUGGAGGAGGCAUUACGCCGAUUGCCGAAGCAUCUAAUUGAUGAACGCAACUUUCGGUUAAUUCGUGCGAUACAAGUCAAUAUAACUAAACAUUACCUACCAAAAGAAGAAUGGACCAGAUAUGAAGACGACGUGCUCUAUCUCUCGCCUAUUGUCGACCAGGUGCGCAAGGAGAGACUUGAGCGUGAAAAAUGGGAGAAAGAACAUUGAUUUUUUUUCUCUGUUUAUUAUUUCAGUUUAAGAUGUGUUUUGCAUCGAUUAA